UCGGUAUUUGGCUUGGUUAACAAACGUUUCAAGCUCGACGUUCACGACAUCCCCCGCACAGUUCACCUUGUACCCGUCCAGUGGAAAUUACACCAAAACAAACAGAAACGCGAUGGCACUCCUCAGCACGAUCGCUGGGUUCUCAUUAUUCGGUCUUGCAGCGCGUUUUGGGCAGCUCGCAAUAAAGAAGAGAAAUCUCAUGGAGAACCUCGGCGGACACGCAUUGUCAAUGGGCGUUUUUGGUUAUGCUGGUUAUUGGGCAUACCAGUGGGACGAACGUGCGGCGGUUAUGCUUGCGCAGAAGCGUGCGGAGAUUACUGAACGAAGAGAACGGAAGUUGGCGCAAGCUGCGUGAUUUAUCUAGAUUUUGCGAUGCGGAGGUGAGUUCGUUAUUCGGGGUUCUUUUUUUGUUGUGAUGGUGGGCUGAAAUAUGGCUUGAAGGUCAUGCAUAGCGUACGCGGG